AUGGCCCUGUCUCUCGCGCUUGUCGGCCUCGGCCUCGGCCUCGGCGCCGCCGCGGCACCCCACUCCUCCGGUAUGAACAACAUUAAGAACGUCGUCGUGCUCGUGCAAGAAAAUCGAUCCUUUGAUACUCUCGCCGGAGGCCUCACCUACAACCCUGACAUCGACGGACUGGUCAACCACAAAUACUGCAAUCCCGCCAAUGUAUCCGUCGCAAGCUCAGAGAACGUCUGCGCGGCUGGCAUCGCGAAGAACAUCGCGUCUGAUGAUCCGGACCACACGAUCACCGGUGUAAACAUGCAGAUCUUCGGCAACUACCACCCCCAGAGCAGCUCCAAGUCAACCAUGGACGGUUUCGUGACCGAGCAAAGCUACAUGUAUAGCCUGGAAAACGACAUGAUGGAAGCAGCCGAGGUUAUUAAUUACUACAAGCCCGACCUUGUUCCCGUCACCAAUGCCAUGGCCGAGAACUACGUUUUGUUCGAUCGCUGGUUCGCUUCGAUCCCCGGCCCAACCGACCCUAACCGCGCGUAUCUGACUUCGGGCACGUCGCACGGUCACGGCGACAACGGAGAAGUAUUCUACAACGCCGGAAUGCCCCAGAAAUCCAUUUUCGAGCAGCUGUCCGAGAAGGGAAUCUCCUGGAUCAACUACGAAAACACGACGAAUAUCGGGCCGAGCAGCUUCCCUCCCGAUGCCAUGUUCUACGAGUGGACUGCCAAGUCUGCCAAGGACAAGAUCCUUCCUCUCGAUCAAUUCUACAAGGAUGCCAAGGCCGGUAACCUGCCCCAGUUUACCUGGAUCAACCCCGAAUGCUGCGAUUACAUGUCCAUGCAUCCGAAGUCUCCUAUCAACAUGGGCGAGAACUUUAUGAAGGGUAUCUACGAGGCGAUCCGUAACUCGCCUCAAUGGAACGAGACUCUCUUUAUCGUCACCUGGGACGAGCACGGUGGAUUCGCAGACCACGUUGCUCCACCCACCGGAGUUCCGCCGGGCGAUAACCUGCCGUAUAUCGAAAAGGCCAACGAUGGCAAGAACUAUACCUUCCACUUUGACCGUCUUGGUGUCCGUGUGCCCACUCUGUUGAUCUCGCCUUGGGUCGAGAAGGGCGUCGUUCAGAACAAGCCCGGCUCGGGAGAGAAUGAGUUCACUCACACGUCUAUCCUCAAGUUUCUGUCUGAGUUGUGGGGCUUGGAGAGCUUGACUCCUCGUGUGGAUUGGUCGCCCUCGUUUGGGAACCUGAUUACGAAUAACUUCCGUGAUGAUACUCCCGAGCAGCUGCCCAAUGCAGCUGGCUAUCCUCUUCAUUGA